AUGUCGGCCAGCACGGAGAAGGGACUGAAGGAGACGGUGUGGCAGAAAAUCAAAACUGAAAUUUUAGAUGAUUGUAGAAAGAAAGAUGAAUGGAAGAUUCUACUCUUAGAUCAGUUUACCACUAGCCUGCUAACAUCAUGUUGCAAAAUGACAGACCUACUGCAAGAAGGCAUCACAGUUGUAGAAGACAUCUAUAAAAUAAGGCAACCGGUUCCAGAAUUAAAAGCAAUUUAUUUUAUUUCACCAAGUGAGAAGUCUGUGGAUUUUCUGGUGAAUGACUUUAAGCCCAAACAGUGCAAAUACAAGGCUUCUUAUGUUUACUUCAGCGAUACAUGCCCUGAAAGCCUCUUUACAAAGCUAAAAUCUUGUGCCCCCAAAAAAAUAAAGAAGUGCAAGGAAGUUAAUAUUUCUUUUUUCCCCAGAGAGUCUCAGGUGUUCCUGCUAAAUCUUCCCGAUGCGUUUCACCUGCUGUAUAGUCCUGAUAAAGAAUCUGUGGAUAAAGAAUCUGCAAUGCAAACCAUCGCAGACCAAAUAGUCACACUAUGUGCUACAUUGGAUGAGAACCCCGGGGUCCGCUAUAAGAGAGAACCACUGGAUAAUGCCGAAGAUCUUGCUAACUUGGUGGAAGAGAAACUUGUUCAGUAUUACAAGACCGAUGAAAGAAACCAGUUUAAGGAGAAAAGUCAAUCCCAGCUACUCAUACUUGACAGAGGAUUUGAUCCAAUUUCUACGGUGUUGCAUGAACUAACUUUUCAAGCAAUGAUUUAUGAUCUUUUGCUCGUUGAAAAUGAUGUUUACAAAUAUCGUGCAGACACCUCCCUUGGGACAAAGGACAAAGAAGGCCGCUUAGAUGAGUCUGACGAAUUGUGGGUGAAAAUUCGUCACAAGCAUAUCGCUGAUGUCUUGGAUGAGAUUCCAAAACUUGUUAAAGAAAUUUCUUCUAGCAAAAAAGAAGCAGAGGGCAAGCUUUCCAUAAGUAACUUGUCAAACCUCAUGAAGAAAAUGCCACAUUUCAGAAAACAGAUCAGCAAGCAAACAUUGCAUCUUAGUCUAGCUGAAGAUUGCAUGGAAAUUUUCAAGGGAAACCUUGAGAAGCUCUGCAAAGUUGAACAGGAUCUGGCACUAGGGACAGAUGCUGAGGGGCAGAAAAAAUAAAAGAGCACAUGCGGGUUUUGCUGCCAGUCUUGUUGAAUAAAGACCUGGAUAAUUAUGACAAGAUUAGAGCCAUUCUUCUCUACAUCUUUGUGGAAAAUGGGACAACACAGGAGAACUUAGACCGACUUAUACAACAUGCUAAGAUUGAGAGUGAUGGAGAUGUGUUGAAAAACUGGAAACUUAUUGGUGUUCCAGUUGUCUCAAAGUCCUCGCAUCGUAAAGCAGCCAGGAGGGACAGAUCAAGAGAAGAAACAUUCCAGUUGUCUAGAUGGACACCAAUCAUAAAAGAUGUCAUAGAGGACAAUAUUGAGAACAAGUUAGACUCCAGGGAGUGGCCAUACUGUUCUGAGUGCCCUUCAGCUUGGAAUGGUUCUGGGGCAGUCAGUGCCCGACAGAAACACAAUACAAUAGGUCGUGAAGAUCGGAAAACCGCAUCCAAGCUGAUCGUUUUUGUAAUUGGAGGGAUCACAUACUCUGAAAUUCGUUGUGCCUAUGAAGUGACAAAUGCCAACAAGUUUGUCCAGGUUAUAAUUGGAUCUACUCAUAUCAUCACUCCCAAGAAAAUGUUGGAUGAUAUUAAGGAUCUCAAAAAAUCUCGAAUUCCUAAAGAAAACUUCACUAUAGAGUGA